CUUGCACUUAAGCCGAGAUUUAACCACUCAAGGUCAAUGCUGAAGAGGCUACCGACCGGAGUAUUUCGGGGAAUAAUAGCCUUAAGCACUGGUAUAAUAACUUACAAAUAUCAUUCACUUGUUGGUACAAUAGUUUACGCAAGUUCCGAACAAAUGCUUGCCUAUAUUUUUAGUGUGACGGUGUUAGUAUGCAACCUACUGUUAACGAUGGUGACUAUCUAGUUGUUGAAAGGCUCUCAAUCAUUUUGGGACGUAUUAGAAGAGGAGAUGUUGUGAUUGCUGGUCAACGCAGAAAGUAUGAUACUACGUAUGUUCUAAAGCGUAUCAAAGGUCUUGGCGAUGACCGAGUUACUUUCUGGGACAAGAGUAAUAUGGAAAUCAUCGCUAAGCAGGUGGACACUAUCAAGGUCAGUCCAGCGUCGCUCAAAGGUCCAUAAAUUAUGGUCUCAUCGAUCAUCAAAAGUUCGGCGAACGUGGAAAUCGAUUAAAACAGCCCUGCCUUUACUAUAUAAGAUUUCUCCAUUCAGAAUCACCCUCCCAGCCUUUACUCGUGCACGUCAGGUACCUCGAGGUCAUGUUUGGUUAGAAGGUGACAAUACAUUACAGUCAUUAGACUCAAGGUCUUAUGGCCCCGUCCCCAUUUCUCACUUAGAGUACAAAGUAUUUCUCCGUGUAUGGCCGUUAAGUCAUUUUGGACGCCUUCAAACACCAAAACCUGCUACUUGCACGACUGAUGAACCGUGCGACCCUGCAUUUGUACAACGUGGUUUAAAAUGAAGAGGAGAACAGAAAAAGGAUCAGGGUUUUUGAUAACCAUGUUCAUGGAGUUUUUAUAUUUUAUUUGACUCUUAAUUAUUGACCACCGCUUUUGAAAUUUUUCCAGUUGUUAAUACCUGUAUUUGGGGACAUUAUUUGGAGAGAUUAUGUGGAACCAAUGUCUUCUAUUUACUCCUUACUUCAUUUCUAACAUUCUGUGUUGUACAUAUUCCACUUCUUUGUGAAAUUUAUUUUCGUUGGUUUGAAUUUGAGAAGAUUUACUUUUAUUUGUAAAUUAUUGACUUUCAUGUGUAGAAAACACGUAUUCCAGAACCUGUGUACAUACCUAGGAAUAUUUGACACUGGAAGAAAAAAUACGAAAGCUACUAAAUAUUCUUUUUUAGUUUCUGCUUGUCUCAACUAUGGAUCGUUAUGUCCAUUUGUUGUUUCUCAAUAUAUUUUUCUAAGUUCUCAGACUAAAUACAAACGAAAAGUAUAUGUGUGUAAGAAGUUAUUAAUGGUGGAACUUUUAAGGGCUUUGGGUCGCUUACAUGUAAAACCGUACUAAAAUUACAGCUGAAGAUUCAGUGGUUUUGGUUAUUUUACUAAUGGGGAAGGUUGAAACAUGGUGGAGUAUAUUUACUUAUUUUAUUUAUUAUGAGGUUUAUUCAAUAUUAUGUUUUUGGUACAAA